ACAAGGCUCUCCCACCACCACCACUACCACUCAACCUUCUUCUCCAUAAUCUUUCAUGAAAAUGGAGAAAUCUAUGCCAAAUCUAGAGAAGCCCAUUAAAGAAAACCCCAUGGAGAAACCUCAUAGCAAGUCAAAUAGAUUCUCUAUCUCAGCCUUUCUCUUCUUCAUCUUCCUCUGUUUCUCUAUGCUCCAUUUCCAUCCUUCUCCUUCUAAACUUUUCCACAAUACAAAAUUCUGGUUCUUCCUCUCCAACGCCCUCAUUCUUAUUAUCGCAGCUGAUUCCGGUGCCUUCUCUUCCAACAAGCAGAAAUAUGAUAUCUACGAAGAGUACUUGAUGAAAAACAGAGUAAGGAUUAAUGCUUCAUCAAAUAGCAAAGCAACUAUUGCAACAUCAAUCGUCGAAAAGCCGCCGCCGCCACCGGAAAAUGUUGCCAAAGGCGAUCUCGAGAGCGAAAAAUUAAAUGAAACUAUUCCAGAAGAUGUCCCUUUUAAUAAGAGUGACAAUUUUGGAAUUUUGGAAGAGAAUACAAUUGAAACAAGGAGAGAAGAGGAAACCCAUGUUGAAGAUGAUGCUUGUGAAAUAAAGGAAAUUCGGCGAAGCAAGUCAGAGGAAUGGAUCUCUGUUACUGGUAAUGAGAAUAAGAAGAGCCUAAGCAGGUCAGCAACCCAAGGACAUGAGCAAAGGUUGGAAGAGAAGGAAAUCUGGGCCAUGUCAGAUGAAGAGCUCAACAGAAGAGUUGAGGAGUUCAUAAGGUUUAAUAGACAGAUGAGACUUCAGGAGAGUAGGAGACUUUUGUUGGCUGGAGAUAAUUAA